CGGUUGCAACUAGUUUGUAUCAGUUGCGAUAAGUUGCGACAACAAUGGACAAUAAUUAUGAAAUGAAAAUAGUGAAAACAGUAUAAGUUAUGGGCAGCCAUAACCUCUUCGAAUUGUACAGAAUGUAAAUAGUAGCAUGCGAAUUAUUCAAAUUGUUUACUGCAAGAGAGUUGAGUAGAAUAAGGUAGAAUAACGAAAAUCCGUUAUUUAUUUAUUGGAGUAUAAUUUAAUACGAAAAAAUGAAUGCCGAUGAAGAUUAUAAUAUAGCGACGAGGUAUCGCACAGUUAGAAAACAUUUAGACAGCCUGGGUUACAGACAGGCACUCUCGUUUGAUGCUCUACCACUGAUCGAAAGGUUAUUAGCUGAUUUACUUCAGACCACGGAGAGUUUAAAACAUUUUAAGGCAAUUGCUCAAGACAAUAUCGAGGCAUGUAGUCAAUUACAACGUGUGGUUGAUCCUUAUAAGUGUGACAAUACAAAACUAGUUCAGGAGUGCAAUCAACUUCAUUUGGAUCUCAUACAAGCUAAGGAUUCGCAUCAGAAACAGGUUAGGGAGCUUAAAAGAGAGCUACACAAUUUGGAGUCAGAGUAUGCCGAUUUUCAAUUGGGGGCUUCUCGUAACUUAUUGAGGAUUAAAGAGCUAGAGACUGAAUCGUCAAAUAAAAGCAAGAAGAUAUUGGAGCUCCAGGGAAAAUACAACAAACCUAUCAUAUGUACCACUUCUAAGAAACGUGCUUGCUACCCAUUGAGAAGACCAGUAUUCGAAUGCGAUAGUCUUCCACAAAAGAAAACCAGUUCUACGUCACUGCCAAGCUUAACCAAUGUCGAUCCAACUAUUGUGGACCUGAUGAGCAUGGCUGAUCACAGGAUGAAUGUCUUAAAUCAUGAGGUAACGAAAUUAAAAGAGGAACUAGAACUUCAGACUGACGACGUACAAGCAUUAAAUGCUCAGUUAACGUCAAAAGAGAAGGAAAUUAUUCGGCUAAAGAAAAUGUUGGAGGGUGGCCGACCAUAUAGCGCUGUCGUUAAGGAUUGUUGCUAUAGAAAAGUUGACAAACAUUGUUGUGCAGAUGGCAAUGAGUUGCGACUGUUACAGCAGACCAAACAGGAUUUAGAACAACAAUUGAAGGAGGCUUUAAAUAAAUUACACGAUGCCAUGUCUCAAGCCAUGAAAUUAGCAGAACGCAAUGAAGAAUUGGAAAAGGAAUUAAAAGACAUCGAUCACAUUGCGUUGGCUGUCGAGGCAGAUUGUAACAGCACUGUUAAAGAAAAUAACCGAAGAGUAAGCAGAUUGCAGGAGAAACUGGAAGACGUCAUGACACAGGUCCAUAUUUUGGAGAAUGAGUUAACGGUGGAGCGAAGGGAGGUACAAGAACUAAGGGCUGAUCUCGAGGCAAGCAAACUCGAAAAACGAAACAUACAGCGAGUCUUAGAAUCGACACUGGAUGAAAAGAAACAAAUGACUGAUCGUAUUAAUCGACUGACAGUUGUCGAGAAAAAUUUAAACGACGAAAUAGAAAGACUGACCAAAGAGAAUGAGUAUCACAAACAGGAGAUUAUCCACUUGGAAAAUUCAAAAAUUCUAUUAGAGGAAGCUAAGGGUACGCAAGAACACUCAAAAGCGAAGGAAUUAGCAGCUAGCGAUAACUCGAAAAAACUUAAAGGGAAGGGAGAGAAAGAUGACAAAAAUAAAGGAAAGAACGGUCGCAAGAAAAAAUCGGCAUCAAAAGGUCGACAGCCAUCGCUAUCGCCUCUCGUACAGGAAGACAACAAUAAACAAAAGGAGUACAUUGAAACCGCAAAAGAAAACGAGGUUACAAGGGAUACGAAUACUGACUACGCCAUUAAUGACAUCCACAGAAUCAUCGAUGAGAAGGAGGCAUUGAUAUCAUCGUUGAAGCACACAAUAGAGAGAAUAGAGACUGAGAAGGACUACUACAGAAACGAGUAUAACAAAUUCAGAGAGCAGUUCAACAAAGAAAAGGACAACGCCGACUUGUGGGCUCAGACCUGUGAGUUGAAACGUCAGUUAAACGAACAAGAGCACACGGUUUACGAGCUGCAGCGGGAGAAGAAGGAGCUAUGCCGCGAAAAGUGCAACUUGGAGGCGAAACUUAAAUCCCAGUCAAGAAGGACCUGCAUGUCCUGCGCUCCUUCCAGUCCGUGCAGACAUGGGUCGUGUUCCUGUCCCUCGCCUUUGCCACCGAAUGGAGAGUCCGUUGUACCAAAAGCGACCAUGGAAUGUCUGGAACGGGAACGAGACGCAGCCAGGGCCGACGUAGAGCGACUGGCGGAGGAGCGCGAUGCCUUGCGUGAAAGACUUAAGAUGACAGUGGAAACGCAUUCUUGCGAGACCCGACGACUCAAGGAAAGCCUGGAGGACGCAGAAAAUCGGUUGAAGCACUUUGAGAGGGAAAGGCAGGACCUUUUGCAUACACAGGGCACUCGACGUGCCACGAUAAGCGGUCUCGAAGACCAGCUGGAAGAUGCCAGGGAGGAGUUGAGGAAAACCAAGCAGGAACUCGCUGCGCAGCGCACUCAAUACUUCCAAUUGAGGGCGUUGCAAGAUCAAACGGAUCAGGCCCUAGGAGACGUGCAGGGUCAAUUAAGUCAAUCGGAGACAGAAUUGAACAAGGCUCUCGAUCGCAAUAGAAGCAUGGAACAGCAUCAGAUCCACCUCGACAACCAAGUUAUGGAGCUCAAGCAGGAGAUCGCUAACCUUCGCACCACCAUAACCCACCUGGACCAUGAAAAGGAUCAGUUGCUGAUGGCCCUGGACGAGAAGACGGAGAGGAUAGCCAAUCUGGAAAGAGAGGUCAGGUCGAAGGAACAGCAGGCCAGCGAGGUGCAGCAGCAGAUUCGAGACUGGGAGCACAAGUAUCAGUUGUGCGUGGACCAAAGUGCCGAACAGGAGCGUCAGCUCCGGUCCAUGCAGCUCGACAUGGAGAACCUUCAGCGACAGCUGACAUCGGCGAACCUGGACCGAGAAAACGCGAUCCAGGAGAACAGGAGACUCCAAGACGACCUGGCGGCGGUGACCUGCGAGGUGAGGAACCUGCAGCGAGAGCUGGAGACCUCGAGGGCCGAGUCCUACGACCUGAAGAGGCAGCUGCAGACCUACGUCGGCGAGGUCCGCCGAGCCGAGGAGCUUAUCAACAGGAAGGAGAACGAGAGGACCGAGAUGCUGAAUCACUUCAGGAGCCUCAGCCUGGAAGCCACGGUCCUGGAGAACAAUAAUCACAGCUUAGAGUCCGAGGCUGCGGAAGCGAGAGGAGCUCUUCAGUCCGCCAGGGACAGAAUUAUGGACAUGGAGAGGCAGCUCGCCGACAGGGAUUGCCUAAUCAGGGGCUACGAGACCCAGAUUACAGAACUCACGCAAAGCGUGGCCAGCAUGGAGACGCAGUUGCGGCAACAAUCCGAACAAAGGCAGCGAACGGAGGCGGACUUGAACGCCGUGAGAGAUCUCUGCGUCCAGCUGGACCAGCAGAAGGAGAACCUCCUCCAGCAGAUGGGCGAUAAGGACACCAUCAAGGCGCAGUACGAGGCGGAGCUGGCCAGACUCAAAGUGGAGCACACCAUGAUCCAGGACCAGAUGGGUAGGGACCACGUAACCGUGGAACGGUUGGAGACUCUUCUGGGACAGGCCAGACAGGAGUCCAUCAAUUGUCAGGCCACCAACCAGGAACUCCAGAGCGAGAUGUCCAGGCUGAAGCAAAAGAUCUCGGAGCUUCAGGCGCAACUGACCUCGGAGUCGGCGGAAUUGAGGAGGUACCAGAAUCAGGCUGCGGAGUACAGCAAGCAGAUCAACGAUCUGCGGAGGCAGGUCACCAACGAGAGAUUCGACAGGGCUAGGCUGGAAGAGGAGAAUCGAAGAGAUCCUGAGAGAGGCGAAGAGACCGGCAGCGAUCCUGAAGUAAAGAAGUCUCGGAGGACGAAGGACCUCGAGGAGGGAGAAUGCCGCAACGCCUGCAAGUGCCAGGACUCCGGCAGGAUUCCCAAAAUCGGCGGGGGAAAAGACGAUGACGUGCCUUGCAUUAGUAUUAUAUUGCAGCCGGACGUGCUCGUGAAGUCCUGUCGCAGGGAGGUCCAGGGUGGCCCGAGUGCCUCGGGAUUUUAUGGACCUCCAGGAGAUUCUAAACGUCCUGGGUUUCCUGCAGGGACUGGCACCUUCCACGGUCGAGCGAGCAAAGAAGCUGCCGGGACGAACGCCAAGGGAAUUAUCGAGGAUGCUUCCCCUGAUAACGAAUCUAGAAAAUCGGCAGAAAAGAACUCAUCGACCAGUAAGCAAACCGUAAGUCGCAGCCUCGAAGUAGCUCCCCUUGCCAGUGAAAUUAAUUCUGCUUUGAAGCGCCCCGAGGAGUCGAGGGCCCCCCGAGAAAUCGCGGAGACCGUGGAGGUUUCGGCAGAAAGGAUGGAAGAUGAAAAAAAGUCCUCGGAGCAAAAGAAGGUGAAAGAAAAGCAGGGAAGUGGAGUCAAGGAUGCUGGCCUCCUGGUUUUGAAUGCAUCGGAAGAGACGAGAGCUGACGAGGCCUCUUGUGUCGAUGAAGGAGUGCAAGUCACCACGGAGGGAAACUCGAUAAUUAAAACCGAAAGGAAAGACGCUGCAUCGCGAGGAAACUGCCUCUCGGAAAGGAUCCACGAGACCAUUCGUAAGUUGCAGGUAGAUUUGGAGUGCACUUGCUUCAAGUUCCGGAACUACAAGCCACCGGAUUCGAAGCACCACUCCAGAGAUCUUGUGAUACACGAGGGGAUCACACCUUCUGGUUGCAGCACCUCGGAGGCACCUGUGGAUGGUGGUACACCUGGAAAAUUGGAUAAAUCCAUAAAUUGUACUAAUUCUUUACACCGUAGUGAUAAUAUUAAGGCAGCAUCUAAUGAGACCUCGACCGAUGGAUGCUGUCCUGAUGACACAUUGGAUUUGCUGCGGAGAGCCAUCGAAGCUCAAGGGGCCCUUCCGGGUGGAACAAGUGGCAUUCAGGGGAAGUCUUUGAGGAAAACGGAUAACGAGGAAUUAUUACAAGUGAGUUUCAAGGAGAUCAAUGGAAGCCAGAACGCUGCGUCUCCACCUGAGAGCAUUCGUAGCAGACCGGAGAAGAUGACAGUCUGCGACUUCACCAGACCAGAGUUUGUGAAGAUGUUGACCGAGAUCAAGGAACACACCGAAAACCUGGAGAAGCAAUUGGCAGCAAUGAACUGCAGCAUAAGGAGCAGAAGAGAAGCUCUGAGUUUGGGGAAGGCGAGGAUAAGUAGAGGUUCGGUCAAGGGGAUGGGGAGUUACUGUUUUCUGCAGUCCAGGGAGCAGAGGUCUGUCGAAGGAAGAGCCAGCUGUGGCACGGCAUCGUCACCAUCUGUUAAUUUUCAAGGUUCGACCCAUAGUAGAAGCACUGUGCAAGUGAGUGGCUAUUAUCCAAGUGAUGUUAGAAGGGAGCCAAUUGCAGCUUCAACCCCGAAGAGAAUUUUUACAAGCUCCGAUAAGAAAAUUACCCGAACUUCGAGUUGCACUCAGACAGCUUCUUGUUCAAGGAUGCCAUACAAAAGUGUUAAGAUCUCUGAAUGGGAGAAUACGACAAAUCCUAGUAACAUCAAAGUAGUGCCAAGAAGUAGCAUGAAGUGUUUUGGGCAAUCCUCUCGCACCGAUGCCCGAAAGAAGUGUCCAACUUCCAGUGCAAUGCGAGCUGGAUCGAGAAGCAGUUUGAAAAGUUCUGGAACGUGUUUCUGUUUUGAUGAGCAUACCUCGAGAAAUAAAGAAAUUCAUUCUCAUAAUGCUUCAUCCAGUCAAUGCGAAGCCUCUACUUCUCGAUCCAGUCCCAACAGAUGUUCACUAAGAACGAAAAGCCCAGCACCAUUGAAGCGGUUAACAGUUAAGUCUGGUAUGUUAGCUGAUGUCUGUACUCAAUUGUCAAUGCCUUGUGUAGACGUUUCUACGUCAUAUUCUUCAACAAAGUACAGAUCGCUACCUGUUUCAAAAGGUCCUUCCCUGUCUGCAAAACCUGGCAAGUUACCGAGUAUCAUAAGCUCCAGGGUUAAAUCAUCCAGAAACUCCAGGAUCGACCGAUCAGUGUCUACGAUAGGAUAUGGACUGCAGCAAACUUGUCAUCACAAAACUAUUCAAAGAGACUCCUAUUCUAUGAGGAAAGUAACUCCAAUGGCAAGAAUUAGAAGAACCCUUCAAUCUUCGUGCCUUAGGAGUCCCUCGAGUAAUAAAAAAUUUAGAUUUAUUCGAGACACUGGGAGAGUAGUUUGUGCAGUAGACUCCUGUACACAGACAUUAAUAGUUAAGAAAGUAAAAAUAUCUCCAGAAAAAAUAGGACAGCAGAGAUUCCCAAAUAAAUUAGAAUACUCUCAAGCUAUGAUUCAAACGUGCCCUAGGAAUGAGCAGCAUUCUCCCUCACGGGUAGCAUUAAAAGGUACAAAGACAUGCAUUUAUUCCGUUCCCAAUGUAAAACAGAAUCUAGCACUUUUCAAAUCAAGCCAACAAUCAGGUCUCGACUUGCCAAAGGAAUUUUAUUGUAAGAGUCGAGGGACUCUUUGUUACAAGAAUAAUUUUAGAAGAAACACCGAAGAAAGAGCCACAUCAACAGACAAAUCCAAAUCGAUUAGCCGAGACAAAAGUUUGCAACAAGUAAUAACUAAGAAUAAUUUUUUAAACAACUCUGCUUCCAACAUGAACUCCGGAAAUAAAGGAACAAUCCUCGUCACCGUCGACCUGGAUCCUACACCAUCCAGUGAAAGUAUCAGUAAGAGACACAUAGAACCCUAAAACUAAGUCAUAAAU